UUUUCUUCCCUCUCCUCCUUUACGCUGGAGAGAGUGCGUUUCCGCUCGGGACGUAUGAGGAGCAGAGGCUGCGCUAGAGGGGCAGGGAGCAGAGCUGCCUUGGGCCAGGCACCCCACUUUCCGCCUCCCUGCACCCCAGUAGGGGGUAGAAGUGGCAGCUCAAAGGGGAUGCUGUAGGGAGGCGAAACGCACCGAGAGAGGGCGAGAGAAACAAUUCCAGCACGGCCAGCACCUUGGGCUCCAGCCACCGAGGCGUCAAACCUGCCACAAUCAGCAGGUGAAGCGCGAGCGCUGUGGCCAGGGGUUCCGCAGUCCUCCCUCACGACGCCAAUGGGCAGCAGCCCGAGGAAGGCUUGGCUAAGCACUGCAGGAUCUGGCUCCAGCGUUAGCCCCACCUUCUCCCACCCCAGGAUGGAGGGGCCCUGGGCACUGAGCUUCCUGCUGCUCGCCUGUCUGCUGCUGCCCAACUCCACGCUGAGCCAGCCCAGCCACCCCGAGGAGGAGCAGGGAGAGGCAACGCGGGCACCGUCCCACCGCCACGCUGCCAGGGCCGAACAGGACCACGAGAAAUAUCAUCGCAACCUGGACAAGCAGCCUCCUCGCUCCCAGUGCGUGCGCUGCUGCGACCCCCCCAUGCACUCCUCUGCCUACCCCAUGUACCAGCCCCUGCCCCACAUCAACAUCACCAUCCUGAAAGGUGAGAAAGGAGACAGGGGCGAGCGAGGCCUGCAGGGAAAGUUUGGCAAAGCCGGAUCGGCAGGCAGCAGGGGCCACACGGGGCCCAAGGGCCAGAAGGGGAGCAUCGGGGCCACGGGGGAGGCAUGCAAAAGUCACUACGCCGCGUUCUCCGUGGGCCGCAAGAAGUCUCUGCACAGCAACGACUACUACCAGACGCUGCUCUUCGACACCGAGUUUGUCAACCUCUACGGCCACUUCAACAUGUUCACGGGCAAGUUCUACUGCUACGUGCCCGGCAUCUACUACUUUGCGCUCAACGUGCACACCUGGAACCAGAAGGAGACCUACCUGCACAUGGUGAAGAACGGGGUCGAGGUGGUGAUCCUCUACGCCCAGCAGAGCGACCGGAGCAUCAUGCAGAGCCAGAGCGUCAUGCUGGAGCUGCAGGAGCAGGACGAGGUCUGGGUGCGUCUCUUCAAGGGCGAGCGGGAGAACGCCGUCUUCAGCGACGAGUACGACACCUACGUCACCUUUAGUGGCUACCUGAUCAAGCACAGCGGGGAGCUGUGACCCCAGGCCUGGGCUGGCCGGCUAGUCCUCCCCCAAGGCCAUCCCCCAUCUCCUGCUCCGCUCCUCUUCCUGGUGGCAGAUCCGUCGCAGACCGCCAAGCCCUGUCAUGCCUGUGCCGCUCCCUGCUCCCCGGCCUCAGCUGGGGCACGACCCUCUCCAGGGCCGUCCUCUGUCAUCGCACGACGGUGCUCUAAUGCCAUCAGUGGCUGUAUACAUAGGGACAUGCCCCCUCCCCCCCCACAUGCCUUGCUCAGCUAACUGGGAUGAGAUGUAUGGGGGGGGGGGACUUCCCCAGCCUCCCCCUGGCGUGAUUUGUGAUAGGAAGAGCUAUUCCAGCGAGGGAAACAGGCCUUCCUCGGGCAGCAGACGGCACGGGCUGGUAUUCAUUGGGAUGCUGUGGCGAGGAGCCUCCCACAGGUGUGUGCUUUGGACACGUUGGCCUAGUGGUUAACAAAUCCGAGUCCUGGCACACACUUUUGCACCAAUUGAAUGGUGCCCCGUUCUGGUACAAUUACGCAGGUGCAGACAUGACCUCAGGGCAAGGGCCAGCAGCCCUGGUUGCGCAGUGCUUCCUGCGUCCUUGCCCAGAAGCAGAAGUUGCUCAGCGCAGGGCUCCCUGCUGGGGAGGGACAGGGAAAUGGCAGCUCCCUGGAGGCAUCUGCUUCAUCCACAGGGACCCUGGGGUUUACAGGCUGCAGAGAGGCCAUCUAGCAGCAGCAGGUGCUGUAGGGACCUGCCUUGCUGGCUGCGAGUGGGGCCUGGGAGCAGCGUCACACGGCUCCCAAUAAACCCUCCUUCAACGUGGAGCUGGCAGAUUGACCUGCUGCAGCUGCCCCUUCCCGUUCGGUUCUGCUCCCCACCCACCCCCACACAGGGUCCGGGCAGGGCAUGCCUCUGGGCAGGCUCUCGGGAUCCACGCCAGGGUGUCCUGCCAGGGAGUCCAGCGAGGCCAUGAGACCCCAGCCGCUCCCCCCAUUCAGGGCACAGUGCUGAAUAGCCCUCCCCCCGGCCCCGCACUCCUCAAUGGCUGACGGUCACCACCCUAGCUGCUCCCCCGCAGCCGGGGAGCUGGUUUCCAGCUGGCAGCGCUGGUUGCAAUGGGCUUGGGCUUAGUCCCUCCUUCCUUGGUUAGUUCUGCUGGUCAGGCUUUUUCUCUCUGUCGGUACAACACAGAGCGGGGCCGGGGCAGCGUGCUGCUCCCCCAGGCUCUCUGCACUGCUCUGUAAUCACAUUAAACGCUGAGAGGGCUGGAUUGCUC